AUGGCCGUGCGACGCAGUGUGUUGGAGACACUCAAUGACACGGAGUUAUUACAAAGAUACCGCCUUAACCGUGAGGGAAUACUGAUUGUUGUGGAUCUUGUGAGGGAUGCAAUAACAGCACCAACUAAUCGCAACAACCCAAUCAGUGCCGAAUUGAAAUGUUUGACAACACUUCGCUACCUGGCAACGGGGAAAAUGCAGUUUUGCAAUGCCGACGAUCUAGCGAUAUCCCAGCCAUCGGUAAGCAGAUCCAUCCACCAAACCAUCAAUGCACUCUGUAGACCCCAUAUUAUUCGACAGUUCAUAAGUUUUCCUUUGGACAUUCGCCAACUCCAAAGAAACAAAGCCAGCUUUAUGGAUAUUGCCGGUGUGCCUGGAGUGGUCGGUGCUAUAGACGGGACACAUAUUAAAAUAAUUGCACCACGCCAGGAUGAGGACGUGUUUGUGAAUAGAAAGAAAACCCACUCCAUCAAUACCCAGCUUGUGUUCGAUGCAAACUUCACAAUUCUCGAUGUUGUUGCAAAGUGGCCCGGAUCCACUCAUGACUCGAGGAUAUUGAUGGAGAGUGAUCUGAGAGCACACAAGAAGACACGCAGUGUGGUGGAAAGGGGGAUUGGACAACUAAAGCGACGUUUCCACGUUUUACAUAGUGAAAUCCGCCUUAGUCCAGAGAAGACGAGUAAAGUGAUCACUGUGUGUGCGCUUCUUCACAACCUGUGCCGGCAAAGGAACAUACCACAGACAGGAGAUGGUGAUGAGUUUGACGAUGAUGUUGAUGAUGAUGACAAUGAACACAAACAAUUUGUUGAUGAAGUGGAACAAUGUGGACUGGCAUUCAGGGAUCACUUUGUCCAUACACACUUUGGGUAA